AUGCCAUCUGAAGAUUCUUUAUCAAUUGAUCAACAUAAUCAAGACGAAAAUUGUUUGUCAAAAUUUCAUUGGAUUGGGAGUUAUGGACCAUGCUUUCAAGUUCCUGUCUCAAAUUUUGAAGUAUUGUACGAACCGUCAGAAUUUUUUAAUGAAAUGAAAACAAUGUUUUCAAAUGCAAAACAACGUAUUUAUAUUUCUUCAUUAUAUCUUGGCACAGACCCAUAUGAACAUGAAUUGAUUGACUCAAUACGAACAGCAUUAGAGAAGAAUUCUAAAACGUUCAAGGUAUUCGUGUUACUUGACCGUCUACGUGGUUUGAGAAUCGAUAAUAUGGCUACACAAAAAAAUUCAAAAACAAUGUUUCUACCGUUACUACAACAGUAUAGUGAUCAAAUAAAAUUUUUUCUAUUUCAUACGCCAUUGUUACGUGGCAUAUUGAAAAAACUUAUGCCAAAUCGAAUUAAUGAAUCAUGGGGUGUUCAACAUAUGAAAAUAUAUAUGGCAGAUAAUGAUAUGAUAAUAAGUGGGGCAAAUUUAAACAAAACAUAUUUUGUUAAUCGUCAAGAUCGUUAUUUGAAAUUAAAAAAUUGUUCAGAAAUAUGCGACUUUUUUGUUAAUAUUAUCGAAUCGAUUGCGAAAUAUUCAUAUGAGGUUAAACCAGAUUCAACAAUAAUUUAUAAUGAAAAAUUUCAUCCUUAUAAAGGUGAUUACAAUCGUUACACAGAGGAAGUGCAUCAAACAAUAUCGCUAUUAAUGGAUAAAUACUGUUCACGUCAUAUGAUACCAUCAACACUAGCCACUGAUAAAGCACUUGUUGUACCAUUGAUACAAAUGGGUCCAUUUAAUAUUCAGUAUGAUCGAGAUUUUAACAUUAAAUUAUAUUCAACAUUGACAAUGAAUUCUCAUCUAUUUUUGGCCACAUCUUAUUUCAAUAUGACGGAAGAAUAUGAAAAUGCGUUAAUUAACAAUAAAAAACAAGAGAAAUAUGUUAAAUUAUUGACAGCAUCACCUCAAGCAAACGGAUUUUAUGGUAGUAAAGGAGUCAGUCAAUGGGUACCGACAGGAUAUACUGAAUGUGAACGAGAAUUUGUUGAACGAGCUGAAAAGGCUGAAACUAAUACAGAUAAUAAGCUUAUUCAGAUGUAUGAAUACUAUCGUAAAGAUUGGACAUAUCAUGCAAAAGGUUUAUGGUUAUAUGAAACAUCUCUGAAGAAUAAAAAUGAUAGGGUAGACAAGAAUAAUUUUCUACCAAGUUUAAUAUGCAUCGGAUCUCCAAACUUUGGUGCACGAUCAAUUCAACGUGAUUUAGAAGCUCAAUUGUGCAUUAUUACAGAUAAUCGUGAAUUAAGAUUAAAAUUUCAUCAAGAACGUGUACGUUUAUUUCAAUAUGGUCAUGCAGUAUCAUCUCAAACAUUUAAGCACCCUUCACGUAUAGCUCCAUUUUGGGCACCGUACUUUAUGAAAGUUUUUCGAAACUUUUUUUGA